UCCAGCAGCUCAUGUGACUACUGCAGCGGUGGCAGAACAACUUAAAUAUCAACAUGAAGCAAUGAUAUCUGAGAACAAAAGAACGUUUGCCAACUAACUGUCAUCACAAUUUCAAGUGAUUGUAUAAGCAGAAACCAGCUGCAACAGACCUAUGUGUCAGCCAGCUAUAAGAAUGCUUUCUUCUGAUACUGUUUACUUACAGGCAGUUUUAGUGUAGAUUAUUUAAAUUAUAUCUGCACAUCAAUGAAUAUUCAAGUGAAAUAAAAAUGAGUGAAGCCCCCAGAUUCUUUGUUGGGCCUGAAGAUACAGAAAUAAAUCCUGGAAAUUAUCGACAUUUCUUCCACCAUGCAGACGAAGAAGAUGAUGACGAGGAUGACUCUCCACCAGAAAGGCAGAUUGUGGUUGGAAUAUGUUCCAUGGCAAAGAAAUCCAAAUCCAAACCAAUGAAAGAAAUUCUUGAACGGAUCUCCUUAUUUAAAUAUAUCACAGUAGUGGUAUUUGAAGAGGAUGUUAUUUUGAAUGAACCAGUGGAAAACUGGCCUUUGUGUGAUUGUCUUAUUUCAUUCCAUUCUAAAGGAUUUCCACUGUACAAAGCAGUUGCCUAUGCAAAACUCAGGAAUCCAUUUGUAAUCAAUGACUUGAAUAUGCAGUAUCUCAUUCAAGAUAGGAGAGAAGUGUAUAGUAUUCUUCAAGCUGAAGGUAUUUUACUUCCCCGUUAUGCAAUUUUGAAUCGUGACCCAAAUAAUCCCAAAGAAUGUAAUCUGAUUGAAGGGGAAGAUCAUGUGGAAGUAAAUGGGGAAGUUUUUCAAAAGCCCUUUGUAGAAAAGCCAGUAAGUGCAGAAGAUCACAAUGUUUACAUUUAUUAUCCAACAUCUGCAGGUGGUGGAAGUCAAAGACUCUUUCGAAAGAUUGGCAGUAGAAGUAGUGUGUAUUCCCCAGAAAGCAAUGUACGAAAAACAGGCUCAUAUAUAUAUGAAGAGUUUAUGCCUACAGAUGGUACUGAUGUUAAGGUUUAUACGGUGGGUCCAGAUUAUGCCCAUGCAGAAGCUCGAAAAUCUCCAGCACUUGAUGGCAAGGUGGAACGAGAUAGUGAAGGAAAAGAAGUAAGAUAUCCUGUUAUUCUCAAUGCACGAGAGAAAUUAAUUGCUUGGAAAGUCUGCCUUGCUUUUAAGCAAACAGUUUGUGGCUUUGAUUUGUUACGGGCCAAUGGACAGCCUUAUGUCUGUGAUGUCAAUGGUUUCAGUUUUGUGAAAAAUUCCAUGAAGUAUUAUGAUGAUUGUGCAAAAAUACUUGGCAACAUUGUAAUGCAAGAGCUUGCUCCACAAUUUCAUAUUCCCUGGUCGAUACCCUUAGAAGCUGAAGAUAUUCCGAUUGUACCAACUACAUCUGGAACUAUGAUGGAACUUAGAUGUGUCAUAGCAGUCAUACGUCAUGGGGAUCGAACACCAAAACAAAAAAUGAAAAUGGAAGUGAGGCAUCAAAAAUUUUUUGAUCUUUUUGAAAAGUGUGAUGGAUAUAAAUCUGGGAAAUUAAAACUCAAAAAACCAAAACAAUUACAGGAAGUGUUGGAUAUUGCACGACAACUUCUUAUUGAGCUUGGGCAAAAUAAUGAUUCUGAAAUUGAAGAAAAUAAGUCAAAACUUGAACAACUUAAGACUGUAUUAGAGAUGUAUGGCCAUUUUUCUGGAAUAAAUCGUAAGGUCCAAUUGACUUAUCUCCCUCAUGGUUGUCCUAAAACAUCUAGUGAAGAGGAAGAUAGCCGAAGAGAAGAACCCUCUUUACUUUUGGUUCUAAAAUGGGGAGGAGAACUAACCCCUGCAGGCAGGGUCCAGGCUGAAGAACUUGGAAGAGCUUUCAGGUGUAUGUAUCCUGGAGGUCAAGGAGAUUAUGCAGGAUUUCCUGGUUGUGGUUUACUUAGAUUACAUAGUACCUACCGACAUGACCUCAAAAUAUAUGCCUCUGAUGAGGGACGAGUCCAGAUGACUGCUGCUGCUUUUGCAAAGGGACUCUUAGCUCUAGAAGGAGAGCUUACCCAUCUGGUUCAGAUGGUAAAAAGUGCAAAUAUGAAUGGUCUUUUGGAUAGUGAUAGUGACUCUUUGAGCAGUUGUCAGCAACGAGUGAAAGCAAGACUUCAUGAAAUACUUCAAAAAGACAGAGAUUUUACUUCUGAAGAUUAUGAAAAGCUUACUCCAUCUGGAAGUAUUUCUCUUAUCAAAUCAAUGCAUUUAAUUAAAAAUCCUGUGAAGACUUGUGACAAAGUUUACUCCUUGAUUCAAAGUUUGACUUCUCAAAUCAGACAUCGAAUGGAAGAUCCCAAAUCAUCAGACAUUCAGCUUUACCAUAGAGAGACAUUAGAGCUUAUGCUACGUAGAUGGUCCAAGUUGGAAAAGGACUUUAAAACAAAGAAUGGAAGAUACGACAUUAGUAAAAUCCCUGACAUAUAUGACUGUAUAAAAUAUGAUGUCCAGCAUAAUGGUUCCUUGAAAUUAGAAAACACAAUGGAAUUAUAUAGACUUUCAAAGGCAUUAGCAGAUAUUGUUAUUCCUCAGGAAUAUGGUAUAACUAAAGCUGAAAAGCUGGAAAUUGCCAAAGGAUACUGUACACCUCUAGUUAGAAAAAUUCGCUCAGACCCUCAGAGGACACAAGAUGAUGACACUGUAAAUAAACUCCAUCCUGUGUAUUCCAGAGGAGUCCUUUCCCCUGAACGUCAUGUCCGUACGAGGUUGUAUUUCACCAGUGAAAGUCAUGUACAUUCUUUACUAUCAAUUCUUCGCUAUGGUGCCUUAUGUGAUGAAUCAAAGGAUGAACAGUGGAAACGAGCUAUGGAUUAUUUAAAUGUUGUCAAUGAACUCAACUAUAUGACUCAGAUUGUUAUCAUGCUUUAUGAGGAUCCUAACAAGGAUCUUUCCUCAGAGGAACGCUUUCAUGUUGAAUUACACUUUAGUCCAGGAGCCAAAGGAUGUGAAGAAGAUAAAAAUUUACCAUCUGGCUAUGGAUAUAGACCAGCUUCCAGAGAGAAUGAAGGCAGGCGAUCUCUUAAAAUUGAUAAUGAUGAUGAACCACAUACUUCUAAAAAAGAUGAGGUUGAUCGAGCUGUGAUUUUGUUCAAACCUAUGGUAUCAGAGCCAAUUCAUAUACACAGGAAAUCUCCACUUCCAAGAUCUAGGAAGAUAGCUACAAAUGAAGUUGUAUCUGAAAAUGCUAAUUACCUGAGGACACCAAGAAAUCUUGUGGAACAGAAACAGAAUCCUGUAGGCUUCGAAUUGUAUUCCAUGGUGCCAUCUAUUUGUCCUCUAGAAACUCUUCACAAUGCCCUGUCUUUAAAGCAGGUGGAUGAAUUUCUUGCUUCCAUUGCUUGUCCGUCAAGUGAAGUUCCACGGAAGACCCCUGAAAUUUCCUCUACAGCGUCACAUUCCAGUCCAGCAGUGAGAAGAAAAAUAUCUUUAAAUACAUAUACACCUGCAAAGAUCCUCCCAACACCAUCAGCUACCUUAAAGAGUACUAAAGCAAGCAGCAAAGCAGCCACCAGUGGACAUUCUAGUGCAGUUGUUCCUAACACCUCAUCUCGGAAAAAGAGUGUAACUAGCAAAACAGAAGUAUAUGAACACAAAAAAUCCUCUGGGAAGAAGAAAUGAAAUCUUAGCAGAAGCUAGAGCUUCUUAUACUUAUAAAAAUCACGUGUUCAAUAGAAAAAGACCCAUAAUAAACCUUGAUUGAAAAUUA